CCAUUGCUUUUUCUUUGACCAACGACAGGUUCAAUCCAUCGAAGAUAUGCGAYGAUUCUACCUUCCACAUCAUUUCUAGAUCAAUGAAUGGUAACGAGAGGUUAGAAUGCCUGAUCUUCCAUUCACGUCCGCUACAUUUUAUCCAAUACGAAGCGCUAAAAAAUCUYAAGGUGAAACGCCUCCACUUUUUGGACGGAAUAUGUUUACACCCAAACGAAAUCACGGAGUUGGCUGCAGGCAUCAAAGCGAAUCAUUCGUUGGUAUCCUUCUCAUUUCUGGGGGGAACUCGAGUAUCCAACGGGAACGACAUUUCAAGUAUUGUCAAUGCGCUGAAAGCGCAUCCUUCCCUUAAACGACUUGUACUAUGUCUGAAGAGCGCCUCGGAAAACGGAGUGAGAGGUCUCUCCGACUUAUURAAGUGCCAAAAUUCCGUUCUCGAAUCAUUGACGCUAACUGGGGGUUUUACUCUCAGCAGUUUCUUCGCGAAAGGGACAUUUUCAAAUGGAUUGGCGAUGAGCAAACUGAAACAUCUAUACCUGAGAGAAAUAUUUUUGUUUCCGGAAGACGUGGAAGAUAUGGCUGUUGGACUGCGAAAGAAUCGUUCGAUUGAAUCUUUAUCUAUGAAACUAGAAGCCUCCGGUAUAAGGGUGAAUUUGGCCCCAAUCGCKUUUGCUCUCGAAGGAAAUUAUCACAUUCAAAGACUAGCAUUAUCGGGGAAGUGUAGUCUGGGGCAAGGCAUUUGCGGAAUUUCAAAGCUACUGUCAUCUGAUCGAUGCAAGGUAAAGGAUUUGCAUCUUUCGGGGGCAUUUUUGGACAAACCUUCACGAAUUCCGAAUUUUCUUGAAAUUUUUCUCAAUGGGCUCAAAGGCAACCAACGAUUGGAAAGCUUGGAUCUCUCCGUAAAUGACCUAUCAGAUCAGGAAGUAGCUACGAUUUAUAACGAAAUACCUACGUGUCGUUCCCUUACCAACCUCGAUCUAGGAAUGAACGAUAUAACAGCCCAAGUUGUUGGAUUGUUCGCCAAGGUUAAAACCCCAAGCCAGCUAUGCGUCCUUCGUAUAUCUUCGCAAAAGUUCUCAUUCUUCGAAAUUAAUGAUCGGGUCUGCCGCAGACUGGUAAAGCUCUUGACUACCAAUCCAAGAUUGGGUGACGUAAACUUCAACAUGGGGCCUGUAGAAUGGCAUCAUAGCUACCAAGACAACGGGAAUAUGAAAUGGCAUCGUAAGUGUAACAAUCAAUCAUUGACGACUUUGUAUGAGAGCGAGAAGCARUGCCAAACGAUKWUCAGCCAAACGCGCGUUCUUAUUUCCUUCUAUCGCUUCCCCCUCUUGAAAUUUCUAUCCAACUACGAACGCUACAAUAUAUUGCGCAUCCGUUCGUUGUUACGUUUCUUUAGAUUUCUUUCCAUCCUACAUAACCUAUGCAUUGCAUUUCAACAACAAGCGAGUGAACUACAUCAAAACCAAAGAACUCAGCAGGGCCGGCAGGCUCGACCUAGAGCGCAUUCAGUAUUUGUUGGAUUACAACUGGACYGGACGGAGCCUCGUCAGCCACGGCUACGCCGACAAGAAGGUACCCAUAUCGCUGUGGCCCAAGGUGUUGGAACGGGUGUGGAAGGGYCGAACCUGUUUCUGGACCGGGCGGGAGCAAGGGACGAGGCUGGAGUGUGCCCACAGCGUUGCCUAUAGUUUCUUGCGGGAACACCUUGUGGUCGUUUUCAAGUCGAGCCACGAGAACAGCAGCAACACCACGGCAAGCGAUCGGGGGAGAAUGAUCAGAACGCGAGGMGACGUCGACACAACUACGGAUCCAAGGAAAAGACCGAGAGUAGUAUAGUUACAUACAAUUCGUAGGAAAAACUAACAUACA